CUUCGCGCUUGACCAGAAGCUCUAUGUCUCGUACCGUCGACAUACCUCAAUCUAUCAAGGACUCUCUGCGUAAAUUCAGAUUCGCCCGACGUAAUGAAGGAAGCGCAGCUCUGGUUAUCAAGAUCAACAAGCAGAAGCUCGUCAUGGAGGAGGUUGAACAGUUCGACAGUAUCAGCAUCGAUGAGCUGGCAGAAGAACUUCCGGAGAACAGUCCUCGAUAUGUUGUGCUCAGCUAUGAGCUGAAUCAUUCCGAUGGCAGGAAGUCAUUCCCUCUAGUAAUGAUAAAUUGGGCGCCCACAACCAGUGAAACGGGACUCCUCACAUUACACGCCAGCGCUCUACUGGACUUCCAAGACACGGCCGAUGUGAGCAAGGUUAUCGAAAUUCGCGACGGGGCAGAGGCAUUGACAAAAGAAACAGUUGAUGCAAAGUUGACGGGGAAAUGAGUGUGCAACGAAUGACCCGGUACAUGUCUCAGGAAAUCUCAUUGUGUAGCAAGUUAUCA